UGUUCUGACAAACAAUAACAACAGCGGCGAGCGCAAUCUUAAGCGAAAUAAAGUGCAAAUACUGCAGUGAGCUUCUGCAAUAAAUUAUCAUUUGGACGUCGUCUUGACAGCAAGAGACAAGUCUGCGGGCGUCUUGUCACCGACGUUCCCAGUGAAGUAACUCUGGCCUCCGCUUGCUCCUCCAGCGACUCGGAACCGGGCGGAGCUUCGCCACCGCGGAAGAAAGUCCGAGUGUCGUCGGCGGAGGGCGUAGGAGAGUCCGAGGCUUCUGCCGGGAGCGCGGGCCUCUCUGCGGCUGUUUUGGGCUUCGCUUCUCUCCCGAGCCCCCGCGCUAUUUCUGCUCUUUGCCUCAACCUGCACAGGGGCACUGACACCAGCGUUUAUAACAUGCAGGCCAACGGGGCAGGACAGGGACAAAAUUCCGAGCUGUCCUGCCUAAAUAGUGCCCAAAACGGCGAAUCGUCAACAGUCGGAGGAGCGCAUUCAAACGGGCUGCUGUCCUCCACAAACAACGGCACUGUUGUCACCGCAAACAACGGAGUCCCGGCACCGGGCAACCCUGCCACCUCCACCGCCACGACCUUGGGCUCAGACACAGGCUCAGGCUCAGGCUCAAUGAAAAAGAAGAAACGGCUGUCUCAGUCUGAUGAGGAUGUGAUUCGUUUAAUAGGACAACAUCUACACGGGUUAGGGCUUAAUCAGACAGUGGACCUGCUCAUGCAGGAAUCAGGAUGUAGACUUGAGCAUCCAGCUGCUACUAAGUUUCGCAACCAUGUAAUGGAGGGAGAAUGGGACAAGGCUGAAAGUGAUCUCAACGAGCUGAAAGCAUUGAUGCAUUCACCGAAUGCUAUUGUGCGGAUGAAGUUCCUGCUCUUGCAGCAGAAGUAUUUGGAGUAUUUAGAGGAUGGGAAAGUGUUGGAGGCACUACAUGUUCUCAGAGCCGAAUUGACUCCUCUGAAGUACAACACAGAGCGCAUCCAUAUUCUUAGCGGCUACCUGAUGUGCAGCCAUUCUGAUGAUCUCCGAGCCAAGGCAGAGUGGGAGGGAAAAGGGACAUCUUCUCGCUCCAAGCUGCUUGACAAACUCCAGACAUAUCUGCCCCCUUCAGUGAUGCUGCCUCCUCGCAGGCUACAGACUCUGUUACGUCAGGCUGUGGAGUUGCAGAGAGAUCGCUGCCUCUACCACAACACCAAACUGGACAGCAACCUGGACUCUGUCUCUCUUCUGGUGGACCAUGUAUGCAGCAGGAAACAAUUUCCCUGCUACACUCAACAGAUCCUGACAGAGCACUGCAAUGAAGUCUGGUUCUGUAAAUUCUCCAAUGAUGGCACCAAACUGGCCUCAGGUUCCAAAGACACUACAGUUAUUAUUUGGCAGGUCGACCCGGAGACGCACCUACUGAAGCAGCUGAGGACUCUGGAAGGCCAUGCCUAUGGGGUGUCUUACCUGGCCUGGAGCCCAGAUGAUGCAUACCUGAUAGCUUGUGGCCCAGAUGACUGCUCAGAGCUGUGGCUCUGGAAUGUUCAGACUGGGGAAUUGAGGACAAAAAUGAGUCAGUCCCAUGAAGACAGCCUGACAAGUGUAGCCUGGAACCCAGAUGGAAAGCGCUUUGUAACUGGGGGUCAGAGAGGGCAGUUUUAUCAGUGUGAUCUAGACGGGAAUCUGCUGGAUUCGUGGGAAGGAGUUCGUGUUCAGUGCCUGUGGUGCUUGAAUGACGGCAAAACCGUAUUGGCUUCAGACACGCAUCAGCGUAUCCGGGGAUACAACUUUGAAGAUCUGACUGACAGAAACAUUGUGCAGGAGGAUCACCCUAUAAUGUCUUUCACCGUGUCAAAGAACGGCAGAUUAGCCCUUUUAAAUGUUGCGACUCAGGGAGUUCAUCUGUGGGACCUACAUGAUCGGGUACUGGUGAGGAAGUACCAAGGUGUGACACAAGGCUUCUACACCAUCCACUCCUGCUUCGGUGGCCAUAAUGAAGACUUUAUUGCCAGUGGGAGUGAAGACCACAAAUUGUACAUCUGGCACAAGCGCAGUGAGCUGCCAAUCGCCGAGCUGACAGGCCACACACGCACUGUGAACUGUGUGAGCUGGAACCCAGUUCUGCCAGGACUCAUGGCCAGCGCGUCUGAUGAUGGCACUGUCCGCGUCUGGGGUCCUGCUCCCUUCACUGAAUCCCAGGAGGCAGAGAGGCUAGGUGGUAAGAGCUCUGUUAACCAGUUGCACCACCAAUCUAUGUAACUAUCUGGACAUUAUAUGAGCAUUCUGUCAUCGUUCUGUAGCUCAUGAAUGGUGAACACUUUUAAACAAAAUAAAAUAGCCCUACAUUUCUCCCUCCUCCAUAGAAUGCUGUAGCAUGGACAGUUGAUAUUGGCCCUGGAUCAGGAGGAAAAUCUGAGUAAACACUGCAAGAAAUUGUGGAUGAAUGAAGUAAAAAAAAAAAAAAUGCACACUGAUCUUGUUUUUCUGGAGGUUUACCCCCCCCAUAGCAACGGAGAGGCUGAGCUUACGCAGUAAAAUCGGACCACUUGAAUGAAACUCGCCUGGCUGCUGGCCUUUAGCCCUCUGACCUGCGUGGCUUCGCUCAGGAGGCUAACUGACCUCAGUCUGAUGUCUGAGGAGCUGCAGCCUCACAAAACACACCAAAAUUAUUAUUUAUUACUCUUAUUAUUUAUUGCUGUGUAUCAGUUGAGGCAUCAGGAUUAAGUUGUAGUCACAAUAUGUUCUGUGCUUUACAAUAUUCACUCUGAAAAAAUAAUAAUAAUUUUAUGAUGAAUAUUUUAAUCAGUUUAGCUGAUAUGAUUUCGCUAGAGACCCCUGAGGACAGCAAGGGUUUGGAGAUUUUGGAGGGGUCCACUAAAGAUUGUCCAUCAUAUCUUUACCCUUAUAAAUAUUGUGUUUUUCAGGCACCCGUGCGAUGGUGUGCCUGAGAGACGUUUUCACCAGCAGAAUGUAACAAUCUUCCAUGUUCCAUGACAAUAAUUUUAAUUGACUGAAUUUGCAGCCAUUUUAACAUUUAGAUCAGACCCAUUUCAAUUUCUGAGUUUCUGACUUCUUUUUUUUUCCCACAAAGUUGAUGGUACUUUGUUUUUUAAAGUCUCUAAUUAUCAUUUAUGUGUGAGGGGUAAGUGUGUGAGAGGUGAUGCAGCUAGACCGUGAGGGGAUAAGGUGAAUAAGAUUUAUCCUUACAGCAUUGCUUGCUAUGGGCCCGGGUAAGACAGGAAGUGUAAUAUCCCAUAAACUGACCUUACUUGAAUCUACUAAUCUGUAAGAAAGGGACAUCAGUCAGGCUCAUCAAUGACAAUUGGGAUUAGACACCCAUGGCCGUUCUCUCUUAUCCGCAUGCUCCGUGUUCCCUGCUGUCCUCUUUGGGGGACACCAUAUAAGACUUGGACCUUAUUUACAAGGUUAUGAGCACAUGUAAAUAUCGACCAUCAUAAGUGCAAGAAACAAUGCUUUCCCUUUGUAAAUGGCUAAUAGGUGUUGGUCAUAUUUGGAUUGUUAUUGUUAUUGUAGCAAGUUCACCGUUCAGCUUUUCAGUGAAUUAAUUGGGUGUUGAUUUAAAAAAAAAAAAAAUCAGUUGUCAUGUAUGAUGGGGCUGAAUUACAGUAGGUGUGAUUUUGUAUGAUCUGGUAAAUCGCUCAGUGGUGUUGAUGCUGGUUGAGAGGAAUACAGUUCAAGGGUAAUGUAAGCAAGCUAGGGCCUAAACAAGCCUUCAGAUCAUUUUUCCUUAAUGUUUUGGUUUACUGCAGUAUCCAUCCUAAUGUACUAAUCCCCUUAUGUCAGUCAGCUGUCCUAUUUAGAUUAUUUUAUCUUGAUUUAAUUUUUUUUAAAACAUUGUUUAGAUAUACAAUUGAAUAAUCUUCACAGUUGUUGGAUUUUUCUCAUUUUAUUUAACUUAAUUCAUUGUUUAUGUCUAAGGUUAUAUUGCUUCUUUUUGUUUUACUUAUUAUUCCCUCAACUAUAAUAGAAAAUAUAUCUUCAGAAGUGGCCUCUUUCUUAACUACCUUUCUUUUUCUUGAUGUGAUGUUCUUAUACUAUACAGAGUGUUACAGUCUGGUCAUCAAGCAUAAGGAACUUUGCCUAUUAUGAUUUGCUUGUAGUAUGUGCAUUCUAUGUGUGUGUAUUUUAUGGCAUGUAUUAUGACUGGUCAAGAAUAUCAUUUAGACUGAACAUAUCUUUCCCUCCAAACGACAUACGUUUCCACCUGCAUCAGGUAAGCUCCUCUGUACAGGUUAUCCCUCCCCUCACCAGCCAAACCUGUCCUGUCACUGAGGAGUGACACACGCACACCUUAGGUCUAAUGUUAAAACACUGUAUCACCAACAUUAUUUUCAAUAUUCUGCAUAUGCAAAUGUCCUUUUUUGGUGACUUUGUAUUUCAUUUUCAGAGGAUUUGUUUUUGCUUUCCUGUGCUGUGAAAGCAUGGCUGUGAGCCAGCACGUUAACCACAUGGCCCAGGGUGCAAUUACUGGGCAAACAGUUUGCUUUGCAUCAGGUUCUGAAGGAUCUGUUUUGCAUUUAACUGUGUUAAUAUUCUAAGUGAUUGUACCGUUAUGUAAUGUGUAGGAGAAGUCUUACAUAUGCAUAUUUUCAAUAAAGCAUUCAGGGUUUUAAAAAAUAGAAAGGAAAAAAAAACGAGUCAC